AGCAUCUGCGGCUCGCGCUCUGCCAGCUGUCCGCUCGCACUGUGCUUGUGCUCGGACCGACGGACAGGAGCUCCGGGGGAGGAGUACCGUGUCUGAAACCACACAGAAAAGAAAAGAACAUGGCUGCUAAUAUGGGGUCCAUGCGUAUCCUCAUCAAGGGAGGGAAGGUGGUCAAUGAUGACUUCACACAGGAAGCUGAUGUUUACAUCGAGAACGGCAUCAUACAACAGGUUGGAAAGGAGUUGAUGAUACCAGGUGGGGCUAAGGUGAUAGAUGCUUCUGGGAAACUGGUGUUACCAGGUGGAAUCGACACCUGUGUGCACUUGCAGCAAACUUUUAUGAACGCCAGCAUUCAAGACGACUUCUACAGUGGGACCAAGGCAGCUCUGAUGGGUGGCACCACCAUGGUGAUGGCUCUGGUCCUGCCUGAACAACACUGCUCCCUGCUGGACGCUUAUGAGAAGUGUCGCGCUCUGGCAGACGCUAAAACAUGCUGCGACUACACUCUGCAUGUUGGGGUGACCUGGUGGGGACCGAAGGUACGCAACGAGAUGGAGAGCUUAGUGAGGGAGCAUGGAGUGAAUUCCUUCCAGAUGUUCAUGGCCUAUAAAGACAUGAUGAUGCUGCGGGAUUCAGAGCUUUAUCAGACACUGCAGACCUGUAAGGACAUCGGUGCCAUUGCACGAGUGUGUGCGGAAAAUGGAGAGCUUGUGGCAGAGGGUGCUAAAGAGGCUCUGGAUUUAGGUAUCUCUGGACCAGAAGGAAUAGAGAUAAGUCGACCAGAGGAGCUUGAGGCUGAAGCUACUCACAGAGCAAUUACAAUUGCAAACAGGGCUCGCUGUCCCAUCUACCUUGUGAACGUGUCCAGUAUGCUUGCUGGAGACAUGAUUGCUGCUGCUAAGAUGCAGGAUAAGGUGGUCCAUGCUGAGACCACUGUGGCUCAUGCUGUGGUAAAUGGGAACCAGUAUUACCACCAGGACUGGGCCCAUGCUGCUGCUCAUGUCAUCGUUCCUCCUCUACGCCUGGAUCCAAACACACCUAGCUACCUCAUGGGGCUGCUGGGAAAUGACACUCUUAGCGUGGUGGCUUCAGAGCACCGUCCGUUCAGCACAAAGCAGAGAGCGUUGGGUAAAGAAGAUUUCUCUAAGAUCCCACAUGGAGUGGCUGGAGUCCAGGACAGGAUGAGUGUCAUUUGGGAAAGAGGCGUGGUUACAGGAAAAAUGGAUGAGAAUCGAUUUGUGGCUGUGACCAGCUCUAACGCAGCUAAAAUCUACAACCUGUAUCCACGCAAAGGACGUAUCAUCGCUGGAGCUGAUGCCGACGUGGUGGUCUGGGACCCUGAUGCCACAAGGACGAUCUCUGUGAGCACCCAGGUGCAGGGCGGAGACUUCAACCUAUACGAGGGAAUGCGCUGUCACGGCGUGCCUCUGGUCACAAUCAGCAGAGGACGUUUGGUGUGUGAGAACGGCGUGUUUAUGUGCGCCGAAGGAUCCGGCAAGUUCUACCUGCAGCGCACUUUCCCUGACUACCUCUAUAAGAAGAUGGUCCAGAGAGAAAAGAAUCAGUCCUAUAAAGGAGUGGUAAGGGAUCCGUACUCCGGCGAUGUGGCCAAGGUUGCAAACACAAUGAAGAAGGAGCUGGGUUUGGGUCCCAUCGAUGGAGAGUCACCAAACAAACCCAGUGUCCGGGUCCACCAGGGGGUCCGAGACCUCCACGAGUCCUCCUUUAGUCUGUCAGGUUCUCAAGUUGACGACCACAUCCCGAAGAGGUCCUCUGCUCGGAUCCUGGCUCCUCCUGGGGGCCGCUCCAGUGGUAUUUGGUAACGGGCGGUGCUGGAGUCCAAACCGCUUUGACCUCUGUGUUUUUGUUUUAUUUCCAAGCAACCUGGAAAACUGCACUGAUUUUGAACAACAUAGGAUAAAAAAAAACGUUCAAACAAAUUGAAGUAGCAGUCAGAACCAUUUAUUAAUUGGUGUUUUACGAAACUGAAAAGUAAAUUUGUUAUAAACUGAUAUGAACUGCUUAAUAACAUCAAAUUAAAAGGGCUUUGUUUGAAUUUAAAAUGUUUUUUCCAAAUUUUACUCAUUUUAAUAACAUGAUUCAGUGGUGCUUUUAAGCAUGUAAUGCAUUUUAAUAAAUGAAAGAU